AAUCUGGCAACUCGGUGGGAGGCGACAUCGGCAAGAGCUCUAUCGGUUUCUUCUCUGACAGCCAGCGUGGAAAGAUGGUGCUCGACUUGGACCUGUUUCGAACCGACAAAGGCGGCGACCCCGAAGUCGUCCGUGAGACUCAAAGAAAGAGGUUUAAAGAUGUUACCCUGGUUGACAAGCUGGUGGCCGCAGACACAGAGUGGAGAAAAUGCCGCUUCACUGCAGACAACCUGAACAAAGCAAAGAACCUUUGCAGCAAAAGCAUCGGGGAAAAAAUGAAGAAGAAGGAACCAGUUGGAGAGGAUGAGGCUGUUCCUGAAGAAGCGCAGAACCUGGAGUCUCUUACGGCUGAAGUUCUGUCGGCCCUGACAGUAACCCAGAUUAAAAAGGUGCGUUUGUUGGUGGAUGAAGCGAUAGAGAAGAUGGACAGUGAGAGAGUAAAGCUGGAGGCGGAACGUUUCGAGUACCUGAGAGAGAUCGGCAACCUUUUGCACCCCUCUGUACCCAUCAGCAAUGAUGAGGAUGCAGACAAUAAGGUGGAGCGUACCUGGGGUGACUGCACUGCCCAGAAGAAGUACUCCCAUGUUGACCUGGUGGUCAUGAUCGAUGGUUUUGAUGGCGAGAGGGGAGCAGUUGUAGCUGGCAGCAGAGGUUAUUUUCUCAAGGGUCCCCUGGUGUUCCUGGAGCAGGCUCUGAUCAAUUUUGCCUUAAGGAUCCUCUACAGCAAGAACUACACCAUGCUGUACACACCUUUCUUCAUGAGGAAGGAGGUCAUGCAGGAAGUCGCCCAGCUCAGCCAGUUUGAUGAAGAGCUUUACAAGGUCAUCGGAAAGGGAAGUGAGAAAUCAGAUGACAGUUCCAUAGAUGAGAAAUACCUCAUCGCCACCUCAGAGCAGCCCAUCGCUGCCUUCUUGAGGGAAGAAUGGCUCAAACCAGAGGACCUGCCCAUCCGCUACGCCGGCUUCUCCACCUGCUUCAGACAGGAAGUGGGUUCCCAUGGCCGAGACACCCGUGGGAUCUUCAGAGUGCACCAGUUUGAGAAGAUUGAGCAGUUUGUCUAUGCCUCACCGCAUGACGGCAAAUCAUGGGAGAUGUUUGAUGAGAUGAUAGGAACAGCAGAAGAGUUCUACCAGUCACUAGGAAUUCCUUAUCGUAUCGUCAACAUUGUCUCUGGUGCCCUGAACCAUGCAGCCAGUAAGAAGCUGGAUCUGGAGGCCUGGUUCCCCGGCUCAGGGGCUUUCAGAGAGCUGGUCUCCUGCUCAAACUGCACAGACUACCAGGCCAGGCGGCUGCGCAUCCGCUACGGACAGACCAAAAAAAUGAUGGACAAGGCGGAGUUUGUGCACAUGUUGAAUGCAACCAUGUGCGCCACCACACGUGUAAUGUGUGCCAUCCUAGAGAACUACCAAACUGAAGAAGGAAUCAUUGUUCCAGAGAAGCUCAGGGAGUUCAUGCCUCCUGGUUUGACAGAGAUCAUUAAGUUUGUCAAGCCAGCUCCCAUUGAUCAGGAAAUGUCCAAGAAAUCAAAGAAACAGCAGGAAGGAGGGAAGAAGAAGAAGCAGGGAGGAGGUGGCGGAGACCAGAACCUGCCCGAUGCCAUAGAGAACAUGUCCGUGAACGAUUCGUAGACCCCGGCACACAGCAGCAGUGUCGCCUCACCAGCCUCACAGAUGCACACUAAUAGAACAGACUGUUGCUUGAAUUGUAAUGAUCAGGGAUUAGUUUGUCACGCCUCACAAACUAAACCUGAAAUUGGCACUUAACGGUAAUGUGAAUGCUCUGCUCUGUUCCAUCUGUGUCCGUCUGAGUGGGUGGUGUUAUGUCAUCUCAUCAUUCACAUAAAGCUUGCCACAAAAAGGGAUCCUUUAGUCAGCCAUCCCCAGGUCACUUCACCCCUCUAUCACUGUAUGACAUCACGAACACGAAGCCUAAAGCACAGCUGCCGACACCUCAUGGAGCGUGUCGGCAGCUGUGCUGAGUCAGGCUUCUUUUCUGUCAAUUUCUGUCAUUGAUUUGAUACAAGCAGUCUUUUGGGAAUAUGUUAUAAAAAGUAUGUUUGCAGGAUGUUGGGCAUUGUUGAUAAUGUGCUCAAAAACUGUCUGAACUCACCGUUUGUUGACUGUGAGAAGUAAAUGGUUGGGUAUUUUAACUGUCUGGUUUAGGCUUCUCUUUGCGUUGUCUGACCACAAUCAUCAUUUUCAUCCACUGUUUAACACGAUGCUCUUCUCCACCUCGAGACGUUGAUGUUUCCUGUAUGUACUUGCUAAGACAAAUAUAUAUAUAUAAUUGCGCAUUGAUGAAGUGGCACGCACUGUAAACAAUAAAUACAGUUGAACUGGAA